AUGGCGACGGUACCAGAAGAUAGCUCAGCACCGGCGAUACGGUUCAAGCGCCGUAAGAUUGCGCACCCAAAGCGCGCAGUCACCGAAGACGAUGCGCCCACUGUCUCGAUUUUGCAAUCACCCGAUGCCGCGACUCGGAACGAAGCGCAGUCACCACCAGCCCAGGCCAAGGACGGGGACGAGGAAGAGGAGGAGUCUGUUCUCAAUUUGAAAGAGAUAUUGCGCAACCGGAGGCGCCCACGCGACCGCUUGAGAGAGGCGAAGCGCACAACAGAGGAGCCCAGUAGCGAGCUAGUCGGUCAGGACCAUGUGCCGCGACCAGACCAGUACACCAGCCGCUUUGUCGCGCAAACAGGCCAGGUAGUAGAUCAGCAUGACAAGCAGAUGUCGGAAUAUGUAGAAGCCCGCAUGGCUGAAAAGAAUUAUCGCCAGUACGGCUGGCCCAUACCAAAACACCUUCAGGCUACCGUAGCAGCCAUUGCGCCGGACCUAAAACCCAGCUUUGCCGACACAGCCCUGAAAAAGGGCCUAGUGACUGCAGACGCCCCAGUAGACACGGAACACAGUAAUCGGUUAGCAGCCGGACAGGGCAAACUCCAGGAAGUCGACCUGGGCCCACAGGCAGCAGCUCGCUCGGAAGAAGCGUGGAAACGACUUCAUAGCGGGGAAUCUGCCGAGACGCCAACAUCAACAAAGCCAUGGAAAAACAAGUACGGGUAUGCGUGGCGUAAACCCAGGCGUAAUGGCAAGACGGAUGAAGAUGUACGCCGUGAUAAAAUGGUCGAAGCCGUAUUGUCAGAAGCAAAACUAUCCUACUUUGACACGACUACUCCUUCCACCCUCCCCACCACCAACCCAUCCUCAAACAGCAUGCACAACCCCACAAACGAAGACGCCCUAGUCGAACGAUUCCGAACCGAGUAUUUUGAAUCCAUGGAAGCAAAACACCAAAUGCGUAAACCACCUGCUGCUCCCGUUAAAGGCGCGCCGCCGGUCAUGGCAGGACCCAAGUUGGGCGGUAGUAAGAGUGCGAGAGCGAAGAUGCAUAAGGCGCAGCAGGAUGAGGCUGCUGCGAAGAAGGGGAAGAUUAGGUGA